UUGUAUCCUCAACACCAUAGAGAAUAGACUAGACCUGGGUUGAGGCUCUCACGCAAGUUUUCUUUCACAUACAUUCCCAGAGAAAGUUGACUCUCAAGGAUUUCAGAAAUAACCACCAUGUCGAAUCUUAACCAUAUUGGCGCCGAUGGCCAUGCAGAAGAAGAGCGAAAAUUCGAGACGUUCGGUCUAGAAGAUAGCCGGAAUGGAUCAAGCAGCCCACAGUCGACUGUCAACGCUGAGAAGAUCAUCAUGGCCGAUGGUACUGUCGAGUAUGUUGACAAGAAUGCCCUCGGCGAUGAGCUCGAUCGAAUGCCUGAUGGCUACUACCGGAGUCCCCAGUUCAUUGGUACUCUUGCUGCACAGUGUCUAGCAAGUGCUUGCGCAUACCUAGGAUGGGUACUGCCCUCCAAUACUCUUGCUUUGAUCAACGCCGAAAUUGGUCCUUCCACUCAUAUCGCAUGGGUAGCGACUAUAUGGACUAUGGGGUCUUCUAUUGGCUUUCUCAUCGUUGGUCGUCUGUCCGAUCUAUAUGGCCGAAAGUGGAUGGUCAUGAGCACAACUCUACUGGGCCUCAUCGGUUGCAUUAUCGGUGGCACUGCAAAGAGCGUAGGUAUGCUCAUCGCUUCGAAUGGGUGCAAUGGUCUUGCAGCUGCUGGACAGCUCUCCUUUGGCAUUGUCUUGGGUGAACUUGUUCCCAACAAGCACCGUGGUCCCAUCAUGGGUUUCGUCUUCCUGACUUCAAUUCCAUUUGGAGUCUUCGGCCCAGUCUUAGCCCGGACGAUGAUCGAAAAAAUACAUGAAGGCUGGCGCUGGAGUUACUAUCUGGGCAUUCUUUUGAGUGUAAUCACUCUGGCUCUAUAUCAGUUCCUCUACCACCCACCAACCUUUGCUCAACUCCAUCUGGGAAAGACGAGAAUACAGCAAACCAAAGAGCUUGAUUGGAUUGGCAUGUCUCUUUUCACUACUGGGUGCGUUCUCUUCCUCGUUGGCCUUUCUUGGGGUGGUACGACAUAUCCCUGGAAGAGUGCCGAGGUGUUGUGCACAUUAAUCAUUGGUGUAAUGACCCUUGCCGGGUUCUUUGUAUAUGAGGCUUACUUCUGCUCUGUAAAACCCCUGAUUCCGCCCAGUGUUUUUAAGAAAGUUGGGUUCGUUGCAGUAGUCACUUGCGCCGCUGUUGCAUCCAUGGUCUACUACUCCUUGACAGUUCUCUGGCCUACCAUUAUCAGCACACUCUACACCACAGAUUCCAUUAAAGUUGGCUGGCAGAGCUGCGUGAUUGGUGGUGGAGUUGUUCUGGGCCAAGCUAUGUCAGGUCUCGCUAUUGCCUAUGUCCCUCGCCUCAAGAUCCAGUGCAUAUGCGCUGCUGCUCUUGUUAUGACUUUCAUCACGUCGAUGUGUUCCCUGUCUCCUGACCGGUGGCCAAACACAAUCGCAUUCGGGUUGAUUGCAUGCACUGCUGUUGGGUACAUUGAGAAUAUUGCAAUUACCUGUGUAACUCUGCUUUGGGAACCCCAAGAUAUCGGCCUAGCAUCUGGCAUCCUUGGAUCGAUUCGCGCUCUCGGCGGUGCCGUUGCUCAGGCUUUGUAUGUCUCUAUUCUCAGCAAUGAGCUGGCCAAGAAGAUACCCGAGUAUGUGACUCCAGCUGCAACCAAACCUGGCCUGCCAACCAAAUCCCUACCUUCACUCUUUGAGGCUAUCAACAUAGGCGAUUACUCAACUGUACCGGGUAUCAACGAAGCCAUCAUUGCCUCAGUCCGAGGUGCCGUUGUCAAAGCCUACACCAGCUCACUGCAUUAUGUAUUCUACGCCACUAUACCGUUCUCAUGCAUCAUGUUUGUUGCGGCUUGUUUGGUUCCUGACGUCGAAAAGUUCCUGACGUACCACGUCGCGAAACGUCUCCAGGACAAGAGCCUCCGUAAGUCCGACACUGGAGUCAAUGAGGUCGAGAUUCAGGCCAGGGAUGAACGUCACCCAGGUGAGGCCAAGGUGGCUUCUCGUGUGUAGAAUUUCUAGCAGUUUUC